AGAGGAGAGGCGCAAAGAGAGACCAAACCAAAACUACUCAGCUUUGUUCUCUGUCUCGGUGUCUCCUACAUUCUCAUUCCCAAAGUCCACACCCUGUUGUUGUUGAGAGCUCCGUCCUCAAAUCCAAGAUUGGGAACUGUAUACAAGUGGAGAAUCAGAACGAGGAAAUGGGAUCAGAAGGGCCAAAGAGCGUGGUGAUUAAUGUGAGUGGGUUCAAGAAGUUUCAAGGGGUGGCUGAGAAUCCAACUGAGGUUAUUGUCAACAAUCUGAGUAGCUAUGUGGAGAAGCGAGGGUUGUCUUCUGGUCUGACACUGGGGAGCUGCACCAUUCUCGAGACUGCUGGAGAUGGUGCUAGUGCUGCUCUCUACAAGGCCAUGGAGUCCGGGAUUGAGAGAAUGGAGUCUAAUGCCAAUGAUCAAGUUGUAUGGCUUCACUUGGGGGUGAACAGUGGGGCUAUGAAAUUUGCUAUUGAGCGGCAAGCUGUAAAUGAAGCCACCUUUCGCUGUCCGGAUGAGUUUGGAUGGCAACCUCAGCAAUUCCCAAUAAUUGAAGCAGAUGGGGUAAUUUCUCGAGCUAGAGAGACAUCUUGUUCGAUUGAUGCCAUCCUUAAGAUCUUGAAGAAAAAGGGAUUCGACGCGGCCAUAUCAGAUGAUGCAGGACGCUUUGUGUGCAAUUACGUCUACUACCAUUCUCUCCGGUUUGCAGAAGAAAAGGGUCACAAGUCUCUGUUUGUCCAUGUUCCCCUCUUUACAAGAAUCGAUGAAGAAACUCAGAUGCGGUUUGUGGCCUCUCUUCUGGAUGCCAUUGCCGCAACAUGCUGACGCCACUGUCCCAAUGCUCCAUCUUUCUAUCUUCAUGUUUCGUGCCAUCUGCUGUUAAAUGUAUAUCAAUGGUGUCAAUAUCAUUUUGGCUGUAAAAGGGUAAUAAUAAUAUUUACAAGCUCUGUUGCUUGUUGGUGUGGUGAUGUUUCGAUGUAAAAAAAGAGAGUAAAAUUUCAAAUCAAUCUUGUGAUGCAAAUAUUUGCCCCUAGUUUCUCU